CAUGCGCCCUGCCUCAGCAGAGGAAUCGUGGCUCUGUUAGCAUCCAGAGCUAGCAGCGGUCUGGUUGGGGGGGAAACACGGUGUGGAGGUAGUCGUCCUGCGCACUGUAGCCAGAAAGAUAUCGGCGACUUCAAAUAUCCCCAGCUAAUCCUUGAGCUAACCAUUAUCCCUCCAUGCUGUCCGGGAAAGAAAGAUAACAGUAAUAACCCUGCACUGCCACCUCAAUUAGCCACCGUGCAAGACAGAUAAGGGGGACUGCGUUUUUCGCGAGGAGUCUUCCUUUCAGGCAGAAACCAGUUUUUCUGUUUUGAAUAUUAAGAACAUAGCUGCAGCCUCGACUAACGUCCCUCCUCGUAAGAAUGAGGUUGCCGAGUAACAGGCAAUGUGCGGUGGAAGGAGAUGGAAAGAAGAUGGACCAAGCUCCUCCGUUCAGAAACCCUUUUGUGCACGUCUUGAAAUUCACCCCUCUGGAAAAGGCAAAGAUUGCCAUAAUGACAUUCACACUGUUCCCCAUCCGUCUACUCAUAGCUGCAUUCAUGAUGCUGCUGGCUUGGCCUUUUGCCUUCUUGGCCUCAGUAGGGUGCUCAGAGACCACCGUUGAACCCCAGUGCCUCUGGAGGAGAUUGGUGGACAUAAUUCUGAAGAUCAUCAUGCGGGUCAUGUGGUUUGCGGGAGGUUUCCAUUGGAUGACUGUGAAAGGGCGAAGGGCAUUGCCUGCAGAAGCACCCAUCCUCACCCUGGCACCCCACUCUUCGUACUUUGAUGCCAUCCCAGUCACGAUGACAAUGGCUUCAAUUGUCAUGAAGGCAGAGAGCAAGGAUAUACCUCUCUGGGGCACUUUGAUUAAGUACAUCAGACCAGUGUUUGUAUCACGGUCAGACCAGGACUCCAGAAAGAAAACUGUGGAGGAGAUCAAACGCAGAGCCCACUCUGGAGGGGAAUGGCCUCAGAUCAUGAUUUUUCCAGAGGGAACAUGCACCAAUAGAUCAUGCCUAAUCACCUUUAAGCCAGGGGCCUUCAUUCCAGCUGUACCAGUGCAGCCUGUGGUGAUUCGUUACCCUAAUAAACUGGACACAAUCACAUGGACGUGGCAAGGGCCUGGAGCGUUUGAAAUCUUGUGGCUGACACUCUGCCAGUUACACAACGAGUUUGUGAUUGAGUUCCUUCCUAUCUACACACCAUCAGAGGAGGAGAAAAGGAACCCUGCUCUCUUUGCUAUCAAUGUGAGACGUGUCAUGGCUAAAGCCCUAGGGGUACCCAUCACAGACUAUUCAUUUGAAGACUGCCAGCUGGCCAUGGCAGAAGGCCAGCUGAGACUGCCAGUCGACACCUGUCUGCUGGAGUAUGCCAAGCUCGUCAGGAGACUGGGGCUGAAACCCAAGAACACAGAGAAGGUUCUGCAGGAGUACGGGAACAGAGCCAGGAAGCUGGAGGGACAGAAGCUGGGCCUGGAUGACUUUGCUCAGUUCCUUGAUGUGCCAGUUUCAGACAUGCUGCGAGACAUGUUCGCUCUUUUCGAUGAGCACGAAGAUAACUGCAUGGAUAUAAGAGAAUAUGUGAUAGCCUUAUCUGUCGUAUGCAGACCUGCCAGAACUCUGGAAACGAUGAAAUUGGCCUUCAAGAUGUUUGAGGCAGAGGAGGACGGUGCCAUCACAGAGAUGGAGUUGGCAGUUAUCCUGAAGACUGCUUUAGGAGUGACUCACCUCAGCGUGUCGCGUCUGUUUACUGCCAUCGACAAAGAAGACACAGGGAAGAUCACAUUUGACAAGUUCAGAAGCUUUUUGGAGCAGCACCCGGACUUUGCUGAGGACUACCUGUACACAGAAAACACAGGCCUCCACAGCGGUCCCUGCCACCGUCACCAAACAAAGCCCAGCCUGUCUGUCCCGAAUCUGCAAGGCACUGCCACCACCAAAACAGCUAACGGUAUCUGCCCCGACUUCAGCCCCAACGACCAUGGCACAAUAGAUGGACUCCUCAAGAAACACAACUAAAAAGGUUUAAACAUGUAGUGGGGGAAAGAGACACCUCUCCUGGUGAGACGGUGUUGUGUAGGAAGGGGGGGCAGAGGGGCAGAGGUUAGUUAGUGACUUGUUUGAACAGUAAGGGACUAUAUUUCAGUAAUCACAACUACAAAAAUGAAGAAGUUUACCUUACCCUUUUUUUAUUAGUAUUGUGUCCAUUAAACGUCAGAGGUUAUUUUCAGCCUUGUAACAGUUUAUUUUGUUGUAAAUUCCCUCUUUUAUUUUUCUUCUUUUUUCUUGUUUUUUCAUAGCAAGGAUCGUCAAAAUGCCAAACACUGGCUGUUCCAGAUACAAUGCUUGAAUACUUGAAGGGCAGGCACUUACAAAAAUUCCUGGGGCAAAUGUUUCUUUGAUUUUAUUUUCGUUUCCCUCCAACAUAGUACUGACUGUGCAUGUUUCUAACAUGAGGGAAGCAAGAAAAAAACAAAAGCCCCGAACAGUGAAGUCAAAUUUUUAGUGAAAUCUGUUCUCCUUUUCUAAUUAUUUUUUUUUAUUUGUAACUUUUAUCUAUUUUCUCUCUUUAAUGGUAGCUGCCUUUUUUAACUGAAAGUGCAGAAUGCAUGGGCUCAUGUUAUUUUGAGCAGUAUUGUGGAUUAUUCAUUUAAAAAAGGAAGACCUGAGGGUACCAGUGACAAUUGUGUGAGUACUCGAAGUGUUGAGCUACAGUAGCCACAUUUGAGGUGAACUCAGGUCUUCGUGAGUUGACAGUCAUCAUUGCUACGAGCCUAUCGUGUGUGGGAGACACAUAAAAUGAUAUAUUUGAUUUAGCUCAGGGUUUCAGUGACAAAAAUGAAAAAUUUAACUUGUAUGAUGUCAUCAUUUUUGACGCUCACUGGGUUAUGCGCAUGUCUUUAUUUUCUCUCUGCCCAGUUAUUCCUCAUUCACAACUUCACCAAUGUUAUUAAAUUCAAGUGUCUUUUUUUUUUUUAUUGUUGAAAUUACACAACGUGGACCAAAAAUGCAUUGGGUGAUUUAACGUCACCCGUCUUGUUUGUACUGUCCUUUUCAGUCAGUGGUGUAAUGGCGAUAUUUGGGGGGGGGGGAUUCACAAUGUGUAGCCACUGAAAGCACAUUAAGUUAGGUGGCUUUGUUGGGUAUUCUAAAGGCAAAGUCAUACUACUUCCCUUUCUGCCUUACACUGCUAAUUUUUUUUAUCAUUUCUACUUUUCACAACAGUCAGUCAGUCUGUUUCCUAUUCCAGUGUGUGGGGACGGUAAACGGUGUAGUAAUUUAACAUUGGCCCCUUAGUAAGCUGUAAAUUGGACCUUCAUGCUAUGUUUCAGACGUGCAUGAGAGAAACUGUGUGCUGUUUUUAUUCAGUGUUAGAUUCAAAUUUAAUUUGAGGGAACUGGAAUUGAAAAAUAUCCAACUGUGGUUUAUGUCUUGUUUUCAAGUUUUUGCUAAUGGUGGUCUAAUUGGCGCAAAAUUAGUUGUCACUGAAUGUGAUUUUAAUUACUUCUUAGAACACUGACAUGCAGCCUGUAACCAUUUUAAUGUGUUAAUAAUCACUGGCCGGGUGGGACUAUGCUUUUUCGAAUUUGAUUAUAAUGAAGGAAUACUUUCCAAAAAAAGAAUUUCUUUUUCUCAAAUCAGGCAAAUAGUGGAGCUGUUUGUCAGCCCUUAAAUUAUUGAUUUUAAGACAGUUAUCUUGAUUGAUACUGGGAAGAAGAACUAAACAAUUCUCCCCUAAAUUUUGUAAUUUGUCCUUCUUCGUUUUUUGUUUCUGAAGAUCUGAAAAUACAAUCAACUUUUUGAUGCUCAUUUCAAUCAUUUGCCAACAAGUAAUUGGCUUGUUUUCAUCUUCUUGAAGUUUUCAGCACACAAAAUAAAAAGAAAACAUUAAAAAAAUAUAAAAUGAAAGUUAGAUUAUGCUCUUCUCAAAAUGCACAGUGCUUCACAUCGUGUGUUUUUAUUGGACAACUAAUUGUUAAAGGGAAUACCUCGGUUAGAAUCUGUGUGUAGCCAGAUGUACUCGGGAUCUGUGCAUUCGUGGUUUCAUCUUUUGUUUAUGGAUAUCGCAUAAGGAUUUGCAACUUUUUUUAUUUUAUUUUUUAUUAUUAUUCUAUAAGUUCAUCAUGUCGGUGAGCUUCACAUUCCCACCACAUUCAUGACCAUACUGUACAUGAAUCCACAUUAUGGCUUUCAGUGAAGCAAUAUUUCACAUCUCCUAAGCCUUCUCAAGAUGUAUGCUUUUGAAGAGUUCUGAUAUGUAUUUUGAAUAUUCCAAAUGCAGGACAUUUUGUGAAUUUUUGAUAUACGUAUAUGAAUGAUUUUUAUUUUCACUGCCAUGACAAAGAUCUGUGAUCUUCUCUCCUCUGCAGAUUGUAUUGAUGGUAAAAAAUGAGCCACAUUUUUUUUUUUUCUUUUGUAUAAUACUGCAGUUGUUUUGUGCUGUAUUCCUCCUACACAGUGUAAAGUUUUAUUGUUGUUAUAUUAUUACUAUUAUCGCUGAGUUGACUGCUUAGAAACAAAAUGCAGAUUUCUUAUGGAAACCGAUAGCCUUGAAUCUAUAGAAUUUUUAUGCUAAAAAAGAGAAUGUAUAGACAAUCUUGUCACAAUCAGAAGCUACUCAAAGCGCUGAUCUCCAGUGGACAUUUUCCGAAGCAAUCAUGGUUUUCAAAUGUACACUUUUUAUCCUGUUUGAACCCUCUCUCCAUUGACUUUUUUUAUGUUUUAUGUUUAAGCCGUGCAGGUUGAAAUUGUGAGUGUGUCGGGCCUUGAGGUGAUGUCUGCCACCACAUGACGGGCCGCAAUCGCACAAACACUGCAGACUGUAUACACACACACACACACACACACAAAAUAACACGUUCAAUCACAAUCCUUUAGUAUUUCCCCCUUACUGCUUUUAAAUUGUAUGUAUUUGUGCUUGCACUUUAGAUUCUUUUCUUUAUUUCUGUAAAGAAAUGUCACAUUGCUGUAAAGCAUGGUAAGUUUGUAGGGUCAGUAUUGCAGCUCCAUUUUGUUAAUAUGAACGGUUUUUGCUUUCAUAUACUUGCUGCAAUAAUGGGAGCACAGAGGAAGUUAGGGAUCACACAUUAAAGGAGGCUGACCCUCGCCCUAAAUUUAGUUUCGUACUGUAAGAAUUAGUUUAAACCCACUUUUUAGACCUACUUUUCUGCCUUGUCUCAGGAUUGUGGAAAUUUUGUAGCUUGAAAUGACUUUGUAAACUCGUAAGACUCGGCAACAACUUACAGAUUUGAAUUGUACCGUGGAAUGGAUAAGUAUUUAAUGUAAUCCUAAGUGAUGUGAUUUUUACAGCAGGUGGUUAAUUAUACAAUUCAGUCUGUAUGUAUGAGGGAAACCAUACUGUUUUUGUACAUAGGUGGGGAAUAUGAUUGUGAAUUACAACUGAAACAAAGAAUUAAUAUUCAAGACCUGACCUAGAAUGAAAUGUAUUAUGCCACAGCAACCCCACAUGCAACUGUGUUUAUUUAUUUUAAACAGAGAUUUCCAUUUGAACAUCUGAAGGAUGAUAUUAUAUUUCAUCAGCAAGUCAAAU